GCUGUUAAAUGUUUUAUGAACAAUCGACAUGAUCUCACCUACAAUGAUAUUGAGCCACAGUGUCUCAGCCUUGACGUAUAUAAGAGAAUUGUGCUCCAGCAACAUGUUUUGGCCCACCGUUCGGCCAUAUAUUGCCUCAAAUACGACCGCCGUUCCGAUUAUUUGAUUUCGGCUUCCGAUGACUACACCAUAAAAAUAUGGUCUCUACGAUCACCAAAGCCGGACCUCUCCGUUCCUCUCCUACGGCAUACGCUACGAGGCCAUUUGGCGGAAAUAAUCGAGGUUGAUGUGUCGAUUGACAACCAUCUGAUGGUUUCCGUGGAUGCAGAUUGCACCCUAGUUAUAUGGUGUCUACGCACCGGUCAACCUCUCGUAUCCUUUCGCGGUUCUCGUCGCAAUAGAGUUAUUUCGGGUUUGAGUUUCCUACCUGUACUCCGACCAUCCGAGCUUCCAAAUGAAAAGGAAGGGUGGCUCUUGGUAUCUUCUUAUGGCUGUGGAUUGCAUUUCAUUCGAUACACACAUACCCUAACCGUUAGUGAAAAUGAAUUUGGAUUUGGAGCGGAUGGGUUUGUAGAGCACUGUUGCAGCAUCCGCCUCCACCCCACUACUACCUUCACCACUCGUGAGUCGGAUUCCGGUUCGUCUAGUGGUACCAGUGCCGUUGUUCUAGACGUUAGUCCAGGUGGAUGCCCCGUUUCUGCUGGUCGGUUAUCGGCUCAUGAUGACGACGUGAACAGCGUAUCUUUCAGCAAUUCUGGAGUGCAACUAGCCACUGGGUCAUCCGAUGGCGGUAGCUGUUGGCUCUGGAACCUUCGAGCCGGUCUUUGGACGGGCACGGAACUAAAGCUUCGGAAACGGCCAAAGAGUCGUCCUUGUGUUCUGCGAUGGAGUUGCAAAGAUACUUACAUCGCCGUCUGUCUCAAAAGCGGAGCUGUAAACAUCUUCGAUGGAAGGAAUGGGGAAAGAGUUGCUAUCCUCACCGGGCAUGAAGGUGCGGUUUACGCUGUUGCCACCUCGCCACUAUGCGAGGAGGUUCUGGCAACUGGUGGUGCUGACGGCCGCUUCUACAUCUGGCGUUUCGGCCCGUCUACGGCCGUUGUGCCUUCCAUUCUCUUUUUUUAUCGGUUUCCUGCGCCCCAACCGAUUACCGAUUUGGGUAUCACUUGGCUUCAAUCUACGGAACUUGAAGUCCCUUUGGCCGGAGCAACGGGGAUGGCAACUUCGGAUUUACUCCAAGGUUCUUUGGGAGCGUCGAUGGAGGAUGAAGAGGAACGGCGUCGGUUUCGCGGAGACGGUGGACUGCAGAGUCAGCGCAUCACGUGUUGCAUUGCUAUGCCGACUGCCAAUGGACCGGGCUUUCUGGUGGCCACGAAGGCUGGUGUCAUCUCAUUGUUUGCUCCUAGUCAGGAAGUGGAACCUGUAAAGCGACUAUCUGGUGCUGAGCCACCGCCCUACGAGGAACAAUUCCUGCACUGGGAGAUGGACGCUGCGGCUCUGCGGGAGGUGCCUCAGCCGUCAAACAAUGUAGCGUUGGCUUUGGGUUCGCCCGCUUCCAGUCAGUCAUUUAACGCAGGCUCCACCUCACAGGUUCAGCAGCCUCAGCAACACCAUCAACUCCAGCAACAAGACGUCAAUUCAUCAAAUGGUAAUAGCAACGAUGACAGCGUCACUGGUGUAUUUCAACCACCGCUCGGUGUUCUUUUCCAGCUCGUCCACGAGCCCAGCGGUGUGCCUUUCUCUCGACUGCCGCCGGCCUAUCUGACCACCUUAAGGGGCUAUCCCUAUUCCUCAGCCAGACAGAUUGCCCAGGUGCCUGGAAGACAGGCUUUCAGCCCAAUCGAUGCCAGGCCAACCACCAUGGAGGAUGACGGUGAGGAGGUCGUUGUGGACGACAUACAGCUUGCUGCAAACGUUCCAUCCACUUACUGCUGCCCCACACCCAUUCCUUCGUCGGCACAACGGGAUUAUAACAAGACUUAUCUCUGGUGCUGUCACUGGCUCUCGGGUGAAGAUGAUCUUAUUUGUCCUCUAUCUAGAAAUGAUGUGAAGUUGGAACUCAGUAAGUUCCUGAGUCGGCAAGAAAGUGAAAAGGAGGCCUCUCGUGAGGUUUCGCAAGCUCCCAACCUUUCAACCUCCAGCCUUGUUGAUGGGCAUGUAGACAGUACAGCCAUUCCGCCCGUCGAGAGUACCGUUCAAUCGGCAGCAGCUCUAGGCGAGACACAAUCGUCGUCGUCGUUGGCGGUUUUGGUGGGCGAUGCAGGAGGCGGAGAUGGGGAGGGUGAUAAUGUCUUUCGGUUAUCCAGUGACCCACUCUUGGAUGCAGAUGGUGGGGAGGUGGUGGACGACUCAGAGAACGAUUCAGAUUGGUCAGCACACAUGGGUGAAGAGGUGGGUUGGGGCUCCAGUCGAACACGUCGCAAUCGCAUUCCAACAACUCGAUCAAGAACGCGACGAUUGCAGCUCGAGGCUGUGGAGCAGCCAUCGUCAACAAGCCGUCACCGCACCAAUGCAGAAUUGGCAAGUCCUCUGAUGAACAGCAGUCUUGACGACUCCGUGAUUCGUCGCUCAGCACGACAACGCCAGCGACGUCGUCGUGAGCGUCAAAACCAACUAUCUCUGGCAACUCAACUGGAGGCGGUGCGCACACUGCGGCGUGCUCGACGCUCCGAACGUCUAAGACGAUUCCGGCGGCAGCGUGGUCUUUCAGAGACGGUAACUAUGCUACGAAGAAGCGCUACGAUAACUACAGGCGAAACAGAGUCGGUACCCCUAAACAGUUUGGAGGAUCUUGAGAUGAACGAUGAAGUAGUUGAGGUUGCUGAUGCCAUUCCUGUCAACCCGAAGGAACGAAUCAAGCAGCAGCUCAUCCGCAGUAUCGACUUCAUUACCUCACACCAUGUGGAUUUGCCUCUUCUUGAACCGCCACCGAACGGUUUUUCCGGCGUCUCCAAUCCCACAGGAGACGCGACACCAGGACCUCUUGACUCUGAAUCCACCUCAUGGUUGGGUCCGCAUUUGGACUGGCUCUCUGCCACAAAGCCUUCUGCAUCACCCUAUGUGCCCCAACUGGGCGAUCGGUUGGUCUAUGUGGUGCGUGGACACAAGGAGUAUUUGAGUCGGGCCUGGCAUGAAGGGUCCGUUCCUACUAUCGACGUCAUAAACCCUGAUGAUGGUUAUUUGGAGGCAGAGCGUCUUCCACUACCGUGGGAGCAGAAUCCCGCACUGCCUAAAGGGGAGCUUCUUAGUGUUAUCUUGGUGCUGAUUCAAGCAUCUCUUGUCCAGGGCUACCUUUGUUGCCGCAUCUCCGAAAUGGCAGUGCAUUUCAUGCGAACUACCACUGCAUCCAGUAAUAGGAGACCCCAUUCCAACACCUCCACUUCCUCCUCCCUUCGUCACCGAAAUGCCACCUCUACAAACUCCACCUCUACCGGUCGUUUCACACAAUCUCUGGUUCGAGCUUCUCCUGCAGCAGUUGACGCCGUCACCGAUGUCACAGACUCUGCGGACAGUUUUGUGCGUCUCGUGUCCCUUCGUCUCGUCGUGGAACGACAGCAACCCUACUCUUACCUUGCUGACUCUGGAAUCAGACCACAAACACCCCUACCGAAGGAAAUAUUCAUUCGCUACCAUGAUGUUGAUGGGGUGCUUGACUUCCUUGUUCUUCGAGGUGUCUUUGACGAGGCUAUCAACCGCUCUUGGAACGCUGGUGACGUCUUCAUUUGUCCUGUGGAGAAUGUCUGGUGGCGCGGACGUGUUCUGCGUAACUUUUCUGCCUUCAACCCUAGCACCUCCUCAUCAUCCGCACUUCCUUUACCUCAAAUUGAUCCAUGGUUAGGGGUUCGGGUUCGUUGGUUGGAAAAUCAUGAAACAGGAGCCGCUCACGAACCCCUUUUGCCACCAAGUCUCUCCAAUUGUUCGGCUGUGGAAUCUUUGGAAGGCGGUUUCGACGGUGAUGUUGUUAUCACAUUUUCGGACAGCUUGAGUCCUUGGGACAUGCACCCUUGGGUCAGCAGACUUCCCAUUUCCGAUGAUCCAACAACAACAUUUUCUUCGGUCUUCAUGCACAGUGGAGACAUUAGGAUUCCGGUGGAUCGGCUAACCCGGCUUUUUGGGUCCAGGGGCUCGCAGCCCAUUGCUGUGUCCUCUUCGGAACCAUCAACCUCUUCCAACAACACCAACACUACCUUUGGGGAGGUUAUUGAACGCAUCAAAGCUGUCCUUGACAAGCUAAUGACACUGAAUGCUGCCGCAGCAUUUAACAAUCCCGUGGAUUUGGCAGCAUUUCCAAAUUACAUCGUGGUUAAUCCCAACUUGGUAGAUCUACUCUUUAUACGCAGCCGUCUGGAAAGCCUCUUUUACAGGCAAUCAGAAGCUAUUCGCUUCGAUUUGGAGCAGAUUUUUAAGAAUGCUCUUCGGUACAACGAGCCAACGAGUCUCAUUGUACGCCAGGCGCACCUGGUCACUUCUCUGGCUCUCAAAGCCAUCUCUGAUGCGAAUUUUAAUCUGGACAAAUUGAUGGACAACUACACAUUAGCAGUGACUUUGGAUCCCCAACUGGAUCCUGCAUUCGAGGUGCCUCAGAAUUCCUCGUCUUCUACGCUCCCUGCAGUGCAGGAGGUUGAUGAAGGAGAAGAAGAAGAAGAGGAAGAAGAAGAAGAAGAGCAGGAAGAAGAAGAAGUCGGAGAAGAAGAACAUAGCAUGUUUGUGGACGACGUUCCAGAUGUUGUUGUGCCCUCUACGUCCACUCCUAGCACCACAACUGCCGCAAGUACAAAACGCUCACGACCACCAGAAAAUCGGACAGACCUUGCUCCAGUAUCAAAGCGUCGUUCUCUUGACGGCAGCGGAGAGUCACGUUAUCCCCUUCGGACUCUUACCGCCCCUCCGCCGCCACCACCAUCGCUACCAUCACAUUCGACUGAAAGACGAGUCGAUGCGCUUGAUUGGCGGAGAGUAUGCCGCCAACUCUUGCGUGAAGUGAAACGCGAUCGACGCAGUUAUUUCUUUCGUGAACCAGUCAACGUCAAUCAGUAUGCAACUUACCGAGAGAUCAUUCGAAAUCCAAUGGAUCUGGCUUCCGUUCAGACUCGUCUUUUGCAGCAUUCACGCCAAGGUGAUGUCGCUACUUAUUCCGGACCACGUCAGUUCCUUGAAGAUCUUGAAUUAAUUGUUAAUAACUCUCGUCUCUUCAAUCGGGACUCUGAAACACAGGUAUACUCGGACACUCGAUGGUUGUCGCGGUGGAUACAAAAGGUGGCAAAGAAACGGCUCUCCCUAUACCUAGGAGACGAUUCCCUUCCAGCUUCUGGUGAAUCAACCCAGGAGGACAACAACGAUGACACUGAUGUUCAUCCACGUUUACGAAGUGUUAGACCCACCACCAGGGCAUCUUUGCGCAGGCUCCACGAGAACACUGAUGGUACAACAACUGUUGCCGUACCGGUCAGCAUAUCCAACGGUGUGGGACAGGCGCAUAACAGGAGUAAUGGAAGGACAACCGGGGAUGUUCAUUCCGGCAGCGUUGGAGGAACUCGUGCUUGCCGUGGUCGCAAAUAUCGACGUUCAUUGCGUACCCGUGGAACUUCCCGCAGCACUACAUCCUCUUCUUCCAGCACCUCUGCCUCUGCGACCGCCUCCGUAGGUCAUUUCACACGCAGCCGCUCUCUCCGCAAUUCCUGUAUUUUAACGGCGCCUAGACGCAGCUCUAGACGUCGACUGUGCCACCCUCAGGAGCUCGUGGAGGAAGGGCGAGGGAGUCGGUUGCGGCCCAGGCGCAUAGCCGCUGCUGCAGUGAGGCAUUACUACGAAGUAGAUGAGGAAGAUGGUGAGGAGGAGAGGUCGUCUCAAAUUUAUGAAGACAUUGAGGAAGAGGAAUGA